AUGGUAGCCUUGGUCUGUACUGCACAGCAGGAGAGCCAGGGGAACCAAGGCAAGAUGGGGACCAAGGUCCACCAGGGGGUAGAGGGGUCCCAGGUUACAAAGGUAGUGCUGGUACCUCCUAGUACCUGGAGGGCUAGGAAAAAAGCUCACACACAGGACCUUGGCCAGGCAGGCUCCAGCAUGCGCCUGUUCAGCACCAUGCCCUUUUCCUACUGCAACAUGGGCACCUGUGACUAUGUCAGCCGCAACGACAAGUCCUACUGGCUUCCCACUACGGCAGCUGUGCCCAUGAUGCCUGUGGCUGGCGAAGAGAUAAAGGAGCACAUCAGCUGCUGUGUGGUGUGUGAAGUGACCUCCCUGGCUGUAGCUACACACAGUCAGGACACCAGCACACCCCAGUGCCCCCCCAAAUGGAGGAGUCUGUGGAUGAGGUACUCCUUCCUGCUGCACACAGGCGCUCAUGAUGAGGGGGAUGGGCAGUCUCUGACAUCAUCAAGAAGCUUCCUCCAAGACUUUCGUGCCCAGCCUUUCGUGGAGUGCCAGGGCCAUGGCACGUGCCACUACUUUGCUAACGUCUACAGUUUCUGGCUGACGCGUGUGAACAGGAGCGGACAGUUCAGCUCCUCCUCACAGGCCAUGCUCAAGGAUGAGAGGCAGCAGCGCCUGAAUGUGGGGCGUUGCAAUGUCGCAUGAAGGAGUAGUCCAGUCCUUCUUGGUCGGGUGCCUUCAACAAGGUCUGCCUCCAGCAAACUUCUU